GAGAAAGAGGGAGGGAACUCUGUCGUCCUCCGCGCGCGGCCGCCCGCGGCUGGGAAACCAAGGUUCUGGAAGGGGAGUCGCUCCCCGCUGCGUUGUCUUGGGCUCCGUGAGCCGAAAGGCGGAAGGGAAGAGGAGGGGAAGCACACACUACGUCGCGGGGACCGCGCUUAGCCUUCGCUGCCUGCGUGCGUGCGUGCGCUCGCCCGCGCGGGCUCAGUGCUGGCGCGUGAGGCGGAGGCGGGCGGCGGCGGCGGCGCCUGCGCGGUUGGGCUCGGUCGACGGUUCGCAGGGGAGGAGGCGGCGGGAGGCGGAGGAGGCGGCGGCGGCGAUGGAGGUGAAGCGGCUGAAAGUGACCGAGCUGCGGUCGGAACUGCAGCGGCGGGGCCUGGACUCGCGCGGCCUCAAGAUGGAUCUGGCGCAGCGGCUACAGGAGCCGGCGGAGGCCACGGCUGGGUCAGGUGGAGUGAACGGUGGCGAAGAGCAGGGCAGCGGCAAGGGGGAGGAAGACGAGCCCGAGGAGCGGAGCGGGGACGAGACGCCGGGAUCCGAGGCCCCGGGUGACAAGGCCGCGGAGGAACAGGGAGAUGACCAAGAUAGUGAAAAGUCAAAACCAGCAGGCUCAGAUGGUGAGCGGCGGGGGGUAAAGAGACAGCGGGAUGAGAAGGAUGAACAUGGCCGAGCUUACUAUGAAUUCCGAGAGGAGGCUUACCACAGCCGCUCAAAGUCUCCACCACCUCCUGAAGAAGAGACCAAAGAUGAGGAGGAGGAUCAAACUCUUGUGAACCUGGACACGUAUACCUCGGAUCUCCAUUUUCAAGUGAGCAAAGACCGCUAUGGAGGGCAGCCACUUUUUUCAGAGAAGUUUCCCACCCUGUGGUCUGGGGCAAGGAGUACUUACGGAGUGACAAAGGGAAAAGUCUGCUUUGAGGCAAAGGUAACCCAGAAUCUCCCAAUGAAAGAAGGCUGUACAGAGGUCUCACUCCUUCGAGUUGGGUGGUCUGUUGAUUUUUCCCGUCCACAACUUGGUGAGGAUGAGUUCUCUUAUGGUUUUGAUGGACGAGGACUCAAGGCAGAGAAUGGACAGUUUGAAGAAUUUGGCCAGACUUUUGGAGAGAAUGAUGUCAUUGGCUGCUUUGCUAAUUUUGAGACUGAAGAAGUAGAACUUUCCUUUUCCAAGAAUGGGGAAGACCUAGGUGUGGCAUUCCGGAUCAACAAGGAAUCCCUGGCAGACCGGGCCCUUCUACCCCAUGUCCUCUGCAAAAAUUGUGUUGUUGAAUUAAACUUUGGUCAGAAGGAGGAGCCCUUCUUCCCACCACCAGAAGAGUUUGUGUUCAUCCAUGCUGUGCCUGUUGAGGAUCGUGUACGCACUGUAGUCCCUCCCAAGACCAUUGAGGAGUGUGAGGUGAUUCUGAUGGUGGGACUACCUGGAUCUGGAAAGACCCAGUGGGCACUGAAAUAUGCAAAAGAAAAUACUGAGAAAAGAUACAAUGUCCUGGGAGCUGAAGCAGUGCUCAGUCAAAUGAGGAUGAAGGGGCUCGAGGAGCCAGAGAUGGACCCCAAAAGCCGAGACCUUUUAGUUCAGCAAGCCUCCCAGUGCCUUAGUAAGCUGGUCCAGAUUGCUUCCCGGACAAAGAGGAACUUCAUUCUUGAUCAGUGUAACGUGUACAACUCUGGCCAACGGCGGAAGCUAUUGCUGUUCAAGACGUUCUCUCGGAAAGUGGUAGUGGUUGUUCCUAAUGAGGAAGAUUGGAAGAAGAGGCUGGAGUUGAGGAAGGAAGUGGAAGGAGAUGAUGUGCCUGAGUCUAUAAUGCUGGAGAUGAAAGCCAACUUCUCUUUGCCUGAAAAAUGCGAUUAUAUGGAUGAGGUGACUUAUGGGGAGCUGGAGAAGGAGGAAGCUCAGCCCAUCGUCACUAAGUACAAGGAGGAGGCAAGGAAGCUGCUCCCUCCCUCUGAGAAGCGGACAAACCGCCGAAACAACCGAAACAAGCGUAACCGGCAGAACCGAAGCCGAGGCCAAGGCUAUGUGGGCGGGCAGCGCCGAGGCUACGACAACCGGGCCUACGGGCAGCAGUACUGGGGGCAGUCUGGAAACAGAGGGGGUUACCGUAAUUUCUAUGAUCGAUACAGGGGAGACUAUGAUCGAUUCUACGGGCGAGAUUAUGAGUACAACAGAUACAGAGACUAUUACAGACAAUACAAUCGGGAUUGGCAGAAUUACUACUACCACCACCCCCAGGACAGAGACCGAUACUACAGGAACUACUACGGUUACCAAGGG